AUGAACAAGAUCGGCUCCCCUGAAUGCGUCCUUGUUACAGCAAAAACAAAAGUAGCUCCGCUUAAGACCCAAUCGAUACCACGAUUAGAGCUGAUGGCUGCGGUUUUGGGUGCACGUUUGAUGCAGUUUAUAGAAGAGGUUCACACAGUGCGUGUAGUACGAAAAGUGUUGUGGAGUGAUUCGGCUACAGUUCUUUCCUGGUUGCGGGCAGACCAUCGUAGAUAUAAACAGUUCGUUGCUUGCAGAAUAGGAGAAUUGUUAACAAUCACAGAUGCAGAGAACUGGCGUUGGGUCCCAUCGAAGCAGAAUCCGGCAGACAUUGCGACAAAGUGGGGCAAAGGUCCGGAUUUGAUGGCAAAUAGUAUCUGGCUCAAGGGUCCUUCAUUUCUACAGCUAUCGGAAACAGAGUGGCCAAGGGAAAGAAGAUCUGCAUCAUCAACAGAAGAAGAGCUGCGCCCCUGUUAUGCUAACGAGAAAAUUAAAAUUCCAGAACGUCUUGUAGAGCUGGAGCGCUUUUCGCAGCUUAACCGAGUGAUUCGGGCAACAGCCUAUGUAUUUCGAUUCAUAGAAAACAUCAAACGGAAGAUCAAUGGCCAGCUGAGAUUCUUAAGACCAUUAACAUCAGAAGAGCUACAAAAAGCGGAGCGACUUGUCAUCCGAGAAACGCAGUGGCAGUGUUUUCCGGACGAGAUGAUGGUGCUGAAACACAACAAAGCAAAACAAAAUGACGAGCAAACAUCAGUGGAAAAAAGCAGUAGCCUCUAUCGAUUGUGUCCCGUCUUAGAUGAAGAAGGCAUUAUUCGUGUGGAUGGCAGAAUAGGAGCAGCUCCGAACGUUCGAGAAGAAAUGAAGUUCCCAAUAAUUUUACCCCGAAAGCACAAAUUUACUAGACUGCUGUUAGACAGUUAUCACCGUAAAUAUUUGCACGGCAAUGCAGAGACGGUAGUGAACGAGGUUCGUCAAAUUUACCAUAUUCCAAGACUAAGGGUGGCAGUAAACAACAUAGCGAAUACAUGCCAAUGGUGUAGGAUCUACAAAUGCUCACCGCAGAUCCCUCGUAUGGCACCACUACCACUUGCCAGAAUGGCCUCGUUUGUGCGACCAUUCACGUACGUUGGUCUAGACUUCUUCGGGCCACUCACAGUGAAACUCGGCAGAAGCAACGUGAAACGAUGGGUCGCCUUAUUCACAUGCUUAACCAUACGCGCAGUACACGUCGAAGUAGCUCACAACCAGACCACUGAUUCAUGCGUUAAAUGCAUUCGAAGAUUUAUUUGCCGUCGAGGAUCUCCGGUCGAAAUCUAUUCAGACAAUGGCACAAAUUUCCAGGGCGCUGAAAGAUUACUCAGAGAACAAAUUGAGCAGUUAGCAGCUACUUUCACAGGCGUUUACACCAAGUGGAUUUUCAAUCCUCCUGGCACUCCGCACAUGGGUGGUGCGUGGGAGCGGAUGGUGAGAUCUAUAAAGACAGCCAUGGAAACGGCAUACUAUAGUAACCGAAAGCUAGACGAUGAGGCCUUGAUGACAUUCGUGGUGGAAGCCGAAGCGAUAGUCAAUAGUCGUCCACUCACGUAUUUGCCGCUUACAUCAGUGGAAGACGAAGCCUUUACACCGAACCACUUCCUCCUAGGCAACUCUAGUGGUGUUCGACAACCAGUGGUGGAGGUAUCAGAUUCAGCGAGUGCUCUUCGAUCGAAUUGGAACCAUAUCCAACAUCUACUAGACAUAUUGUGGCGCAGAUGGACCAGGGAGUACCUCCCAACGCUGACUAGACGUCCGAAGUGGUGCGGCGAAGCGAAACCCAUUGUUGAGGGGCAGCUAGUGCUUGUGGUAGGCGACGGUAGAAGAAAUGAGUGGACCAGAGGCCGUAUUAUUCAGACGAUAAAAGGUUCAGAUGGGAGAAUUCGGCAAGCUAUAAUACAAACUGCGAGGGGGCUUGUGCGCAGGCCAGUGGCCAGACUGGCGGUAUUAGAGGUUGAAGAGAGUGGUAAAACUGAACCUGGUGGCCAGUAUUACGGGGGAGAGGAUGUUGAUACUGGCAGCACUUCGGGUAACGGCAUGAAACGUACGAUCAUCGAUGGCAGCCAACAUUAG